AUGGUCUACUUUUGUUCUGUAUUUGGAUGUUCAAAUCGUUCAAAUCGUGAAAAGGGAAAAUCUUUUUUUCGUUUACCAAAAGUAGCUUGCAAUCAAGGCGAUGAUGGUAAGAUUUUAUCAAAAGAACGUAGAGAAAAAUGGAUAAAUGCCAUAAACAGAGUUGGAAAACCUGCUUCUCUUUUCUCACAGAAUGAUCCUAAUUGGGUUCCAUCCUUAAAUAUGGGGCACAAAAAGUUUAAGUUUGAGGUUGAGAAACCUAGAGAAAGAUACUUACGACACAAAAAUUGUUCAUUGUUAAAAAGUCGAAAUGAUUCUAUGUCUUGUAGAAACAGCAUCACUAUUUUAAACCCUUCUGAAGAUUCAAUCAUAGAUUUUCAAAUAGAGAAUUUUAAAAGGAGUGAAUCAAUUGUCUCAGAAAGUGUUACAAUAGAUUGUGAAAACUUAGUAGAUGCGAGUGUUCAAACUGAUAUGACUGUCAAAAAUAUCAAUCAAAUAGAAACUGAGUUUAUAUAUAAAAACAAACUUAAUUAUAAUUUGCGUGCAAAUUUAGUCAAACUCCAUGUGGGAACUAUUGAAUGGUUUGAUACCGAUUCAAAAGUAACAUUUUACACUGGAUUGCCAAAUUUGAAAAUUUUAUGUUGUUUAUUUAACUUCUUAAAGCCUCUUAUAACUGAAAAUGAGAACUCAGUUUUAUCAUACUUUGAAGAAUUUUCUUUGACGCUUAUGAGAGCAUGCGUUUAA